UAACUCGGCCACAGUCCACCAGUAGAUGUUCAAGCACGCUAAAGUUCUUGCAGUUUCUCAAUGUAAAAUUAUUUUUAUGAAUUAAAACUAAAAUAUUAAAUUAUUUUAUUUGAUUCAUGUAGUAAAUACAUUUUACAAUAACCUAAAUUUAAUUUAUUUUAUAUAUUAAAAAAAGAAAGUUGUAAAACGUGUUACAAUAAAAUACUCAAAUUAAUUGUAUUUAUAUAAGUAUUCCUUUGCGUAUUCUUAAACAAAAAUUAGUUUUAAAGUAAUAAGUGUCCGUCGUUGUUUUAACUACAUUUUCCAGGAAAAAUUUUAUUGGAUUGCAAAAAGUGAUGUGAAUUGUAAUUAUUUCAAGCAUUUGAAUCUAAUUGUAUCAUGAUUUUGUUUAAGCUCUUUGGGCAGUUACCUCGUGGAGCCAAUAGCUGUCCAAACUCUGAAAAAUUUUCCAUGAUUAUAGCUUUCAGAUUUCCUACAUGUGUAUUACGUCAUUAUUUAUGUGUGAGGAUAAAACAAAAGUUUCCACCAAUCCUAAAACAUGUUAAAAAAAUGUUAAGGAGAAACGAGACACUUGAUAAUUUUCUUCGAACUUUGGAAAAGGAUGAACAAUUAACUUUUUUAAAAAAUAUUUACUUUCAGUGUUUCGACGUAAUGAAUGGUGAUCGACAAAAAACAGAACAAAUGUUAGGUCAAAUCAGCACUCCAGUUUUAGUACAAAUUGAUCUCAAAAACGUGCAUAAAGCUCUAUCAAAAAAUACCGGUGAAAAAAAAGAAAGUAUUAUUUUUGUUCAAAAACAAAUGGAGAAAAUAUUUGGAUCGGAUAUUAAUGACAUCAAAGAAUCCACUAAAAUUAUGCUUGUAGAUGAUAAUAAUUAUAGUACCGGAAAUGAUACAGAUGUUACCGAUGUAGAAGACAAUAAGCCUAUAAACAAUUCGUCAAAAAAAAUUUAUUCUAAUCAGACUAUCCCUUCUUCACCAGUCUCAGAACAUAAUAAUGAAAGUAGUAAAAUAAUUCAGACUGAUCAACUUAAUAUUUCUCCUACUCAUUGUUCUACGCUAAAGGAAAACAAUUAUUCUAACGUUGGUUCAGUCGAUGGUCUACUAUGCCAAAUCGUUCGCUCAUAUUCUCUUCCUGAAGAUAGUCAACAAAAUCUAAUUCAGGCAAUUGAGGUCACAGCUGGAAAGAGUAACAUCAAAAAUAAACCAUUUUGUCAACUAGUUAGCGAAUCUUAUUCUAUCAAAACUAAUGUAGCCGAACUUAUAAAUACAAAAUUAUAUACUCCCAAAAAAAAAAAAUUAUUCAAAAAAAUAAAAAAAUUUAAAAAGAAAGAAAGAGAAAGAAAGAUAAGUUGUAUUAGUAAUAGUAAUAUAGUAGCUAAGAAAUCUUCUGUUGAAGAAACACAGACUGAAAUCAAACGUGAAAUCCCCAUGUUUACUACUCCUUUGUCAUUAUCUACUUUUGAAGAUUCGACAUUAAUUGAUCUAACUAUAAGUGAUGAGGAUGUUGAUAAUGAUAGACCACCAUUGAUAAUAAACACAGAGUCUGUAGUUGAUAAUAUUCCCGCUAAGUCUGUUUGUUCUGUUAUUACCAGUUGUUUUAAAUCAAUUGAUUGUAAUGACGAUUCUAAUGAAGUUAACAUCAAUGAAUCAUUGGUAAACGAUCAAGAGUGCCAAUCUCAGCCACCAUCCCUUAUCUCGGCAUCGUUGCUAGGCUCAUGUUCGUCGUUAAUUAAUACGACUGCCUCAUCUGUAAAACAGUAUCCAAAUACUAUAUUCACUGAACCUUCGGUGUCCUCAAGGUGCAGUUCUAUUCCUAUUGCUGCGGAAACACAAACGCAAACAGUUUUAAUCAAAGAAAUGCUUAAAGAUAAGACCAAGGUAAUAACCGAAAAAAUAAAAAGGUGGGUUUAUGAAUAUUUUAAAUAUUACGGUAAAAAUACUUUAAUUGACCGUUUAGAAAAUCGUCUGAAGAAAGGAAACUUGCUUAUAAACCUAGAUGAAUAUUGGAAUUCGUCUGACACCGUAGAAAUUACCGAUUGUAUCAUACGUUUGAUAUGGAGCUUGAGUGGAAAACAUUGCAAUAUUGUUCCAUUGAUGGGAUGUUUCAUGACUCUAUUUCGCAGGACUGUAGUUACUACUGAAUUAUCGGACGUAGACACCUACAAAAAAUUUUUAGCAUUUAGCGAUGUUGUAAAAAGAUGCGUAUUGAGCUGGAAUAAGCAAUUUUGGAAGACUUGGAUGUUUCCUGAUAGUUUUAUGUAUGGAUGCUACAUUGUUGAUCAUGUUUUAUAUGGUGGUACAUCACGCGUAAAGUCCAUGCAUCACUUAGUUAAUUGGGCUAAGAUUUCUUGUAUCAAAAAAUAUUUUCGGAUGCCUUCUUAUAGAAUCCCGCUACCAGAAUUUAUUUUAAGUCAUCGUGAAACUUCUAAGUUAGCUAUUCGAAAAACAAGACUUGAGCCCGAAAUUGUCAAUAAAGAAGUACCCUCUCCUAAGAUACCGAAAAUUAAUGUCACAAGCACUCAAAAUCGGCCACCUUUGGCAGUUACACCAGCUAUAAAUGUCCGACCUCAAUUUAACAUAAGAAAUUUCCUUCCCGUUGACCGAUCAUUAAAAUCUUAUCAACCAAACCCCCCUACUCUUUUUAAACAAUUGACGUCACCGCCCAUAUCGCUACAUACAUCUCCAUUCAUCUCUUCUCAACAUCAAGCUAAUAAUAUGAUGCCUACUGCAACGUCAGUCCUCAGUAAUCCUAAUAUGAGACAAUAUAUUCCACGAUUUAAUUCAUAUUUAACUCAUCAUAACAUUCAUAUAUCGGUUCCUACUCAUCAAACUGAUCAAACUCAGGCACAACAAACGCCAACAAGACUUUUUUCAUAUAAUAACUACUAUAGAACUAAUGACCCAUGUCAAAACAUUCAUAUGCCUUAUAACUCGCAGACUACAUCUUCUCCGGGUUUACCUGAUGCUAGUUCGCCUAAUAUGCCUGACCAACCAAGUACGUAUUGCACAAGUAGUGCAUCACAAAAUUAUUCAAAUCUUAAAAUUAUUCAUCCUAAUGACUGUUUACAAUAUAACAUAACAAAUUUAAGCGUGAGUCACUUAUAUAACAAAAAAAAGAGUGAGGCUCUGAUGGCACUUUUUAAGGACAGAUCUACCAUGUUGACUAGAUGUUUAAACAAUGUAUUAGUAUUUGAUGAACAAAAUAUUAUCAAAAUAAUACUUUUGUUAUAUUCUAUUUUGUAGUUUGUAUUUUAUUCG